AUGGACGAAAAAUCCAGGGCCGGCGGGGUGAAGAGAAGCGCCCCCUGUGAUUCCAACGAGGCCAACGAGGCGAUGCCGGAGACCCAAAGUGGGGACUCACACCCACAACCUGCUCCUAAAAAACUCAAAACAUCUGAGUCCUCGACCACAAUAGUGCUUUCCUACAGGAGGAACGUUAAAAUAACAUCUGCACAGGAACUGGUGAAUGACCACGCCCGAGAGAACCGAAUCAACACCCUCCAAAUGGAGGAGGAGGAAUUCAUAGAAAUAACGACUGAAAUACCUGAAAAGUAG